AUGCCGCGUCCACCUCCCUCGACCAACAACAGCUUAUCGGCGGGCCUUCCAACCGAAGACUCCGUUCCAUCUACGGCAAUGUCUGAAGAUUCAGUGUCGGGUACGUCUUCUAGUUCUUGGUCACCUCAGUUGGCUGACUCCCUCACUGAGGCUGUGGUUCGGGCAAUCGGAAACUCCAUUCCCACCAUAAUUUCAUCGAUCCAGAGAAACACCUCCUCGCAGGCUUCUUCGGUUCCAGGCGUUUCUGCUAGCGGGGCUCCACAACCUUUACUUUCUUCAGCAUCCACUUCGAGUGCAAGUACAAGUGACGGUGUUUCUUCGGUGGCUUCAGGUACAUUUACCAUUCCCGCAUUUGUUCCUACGUUUACGCCAGUGUCGGCCAUUACCGUCUCGAGCUCGGCCCGCCCCGUGGCUCCUACUCUCUCCACUUUUGUAUCGCCUGGCGUUACUAGCGGUCUUCCAAGCCUCGAGUCUUCGUUGGCAUCACCCAAGUCUGAGAAGGCUUUUAUCGUUGGUUGUUUUAUUUGUUGUCUGUCAACCUUCGCGCCGUGA